UGAAAACGACCGGGAAUGACCGGGCAAACACCGAAUGGGAAAACCACAGGUGCACACAAGCGGGAUCUGAACAAUCUGUACCAAGUGAUCUAUUACGGUGACUCGCAGGUCGAGGUCGGCAAACCGUUCUCGAUCUCGUGCAUCAUCAGCAUCGCCAACCCGGUCGAGUGGCACAAGGACGGUGAACCGAUCCGGAAGCACAGCAACAUCCGGCACGGCAAGGAUGAGCACAGUUACAUCGAAAGUGAGAUGGGCAUCGCAGGAAAUCGAGACAAAAUUGAAGCAUCGAUCAGCGUACAACGAGCACUGCCGAAGCAUCAGGGCAAGUAUCAGUGUAACGCACUGUACAAAAACUACCACCAACUUUACGUCUACCGAAACGGAACGUUACUCGGACAUUCCGGUGCACCCGCGCCAGCAUCUUCGAGCUCAGGAUCGUCCCGAAACGUUGAAAAGCAUCACGACGAGAUGCAGCUCAUGCUGAGCACGGUAAAGUCGACCCUGGUGGCACCACUGUCGGUGGAACAUCAUCACUUUACAACGGCCGUCGCUCUGGCACCUGGUCCGGCAGUUGUGGACGAAGAAUUCCCCGGUGGGCCCUUAGAACGCGAACGAGACCGAGAAUCUCCAAAAUCUCCCGGCCAUAGUUCACACCACCAUCGGCAGCAGACGGGUCCGGGACAUCGGCACCAUACUACGGGUAGCUCUGGGGAGAAGAAACUAGGCUCCCAGCAACACAGCGCCGCUAGUCAAAAGACUACGAUAGAGCAGCAGAACACACUGCUACCGGACGAGGUGCUCGAGCAAACGGUGGAAGAUUUGGAAGAUUACGCUCCCGCGAUGCAUCCCGAUAAGUCAGCACCGCUCGGACGAGGUUCCGCACCGACGACCGGUAAGCUGCCGAAACAUUCGACCACUGGCAGAGUUCAACCACCACCACCACUGAUGGAAACGCGCGAAGAUGACGAUGAUGAUGAGCGGCGGGAGGACACGGAAACACAGGAUCUGAUUAAUCUCGAAACCGGGGUGGGUGCGGAAAACAUUGAGGACCUCGUUGAACCGGAUACCGAAAUCGUUAUCGAGAGCAAGGCUAUCUCGCUGGAGGACGAUAACAUCGAUCGGUUGAUCCAGAACAAAAGCGACAUCAACGGUAUCAUACUGGUGGACAGCUUGGAAGAGAUGCGCAAAGCGUCCGGCGAGGAUAACACGGCCCUGGUGCCGUUGCAGCCGACCGGUGUCGAAUCGGUAAUGCGAAUCGGCAAUAGCUCCACCAGUCACCAAGGUUUUCCGGUGGCCAGCAUCGAUAGCAGCAUUGCCUCGAUGGCUGGUGCUUCGACUGCCGUUACAAAGGAGGGCCUUGUGAUCCUUACUACCACCACCGCAUCCUCGACUAUUGCACCACCGCUGGGAGUGGGUGAGCAGGACGGUACGGUUCACCGUGGUCAUCAUCAUCAUCAUCACGAACAUCACACCACUACCACCACCACAACAACAAAAGCGACAACUACUCCAACGGUACCAACAACUACUACCACUGCAAGCAUCAUCACUACUACCACCACAACAGCGGCGGCUACGGCGGCAACACUCACUACCACUGUGGCCGAUGUUCUGCUGCCUAACUACGACCAACCUAGCACUAGUUCAAAAAUAUUCGAUAUAGGAAAAUCAGUCACGCUCGGUUGUAACAUUACACAGGAAGGAAAUUUUGAGUUAAGUUGGGCAAAAGACGGUAAGAAUGUAAGUGAGGUCGAAUCGCUUAAAGAUCGCUACAAGGUACUGCCGGCGGAGCGAAAGUUCAUCAUCAGUCGGGCAUUGGAAACCGAUGCCGGACAGUACACGUGUAGCGUACCACAAUUGGGUGUAUCUAAAAAUUUUAACGUAGUUGCUAAUGUUGUUGUUAAAUUUGAAAGCACAGAAAUAGGCAAAACAAACAUAGUGGAAGGAGAACGGUUGACGCUUCACUGUAUAGCUUUCGGAACGGAACCCAGAAUUACUUGGAUAGUUGGCAACAACACUUACAACGCGUCGACAGAUCACAUCGUGCUGGAGGAGGACGAAAGGGGCAUCGAGAACGCGAAGCUUAUCAUCGAGAGCAUAACGCUAGGCGACUAUGCCGAUUACACCUGCGAGGCACGAAAUAAUGCCACCGAUUUCACGGGCAAACCGGCACAGGUUACGAUUACCGUUAGAAUUAGAGGAAAAUAUGCGGCACUUUACGUUUUCCUGGGUAUUAUUGUGGAAGUUGUUUUACUGUGUGCGAUUAUUUUAAUAUGCGAAAAAAGACGUAACAAGACAGAGAUCGAGGAAAGUGAUACCGACCAGAGUCCCGACCAGAGAAGGCGAAAAACUUCCCGAAAUUACAACUAAUGAUAAGUCUAGCUCCCGUAAGACGAUCGAGCUGAUCGGUAUGCGUAACAAAACGUGAGAUGAAUUGUCGAUCGAGGAUGCUCAGUGAUUUCGAAGGACACAGGAUGAUGGCUUCAAAAGCCGAGUGAAAUUCUUGUCGGAAAAAAAAACAUUGAGUCGUGAUGCGAUCGUGCGAAAGCGAAAGCAGCAUUCAACAGCUUAACAACACAGACACAACUUACUAUAAAGAGAACACACACACACACACACUCAAUUCACCACAACUCUGCGGAUAGAUACCGGUACUUUUGAGAAUAGAGUAACAUAAUUUAAAAACAAAUCCGUUGCGAAAUGAAACGGAAAACAGGGGUGUGUAAGAAAAGAAAGUAUGACGCUGCUAUAUAGAAACGAAUUCAAUACUAGAAAAAAAAAACAGACAAACACACACACACAGACACACCCGUCACAAUCAUGUGUGAGGUGAAUAAAUAAAGCAAACACAACUUAACAAUAAGAAUAAAUCGAUGCUAUAAAAUGAAGAAGGCAACAAAACGGGAGCAGCAGCAAUCGGAAUCGGACACGGUUCGAACAUUUAGACAUUUAAUACGGAUUAGCAUUAGUGUGUAGUGUAUAAAAUAUUACGAUGAGGAUCUUAAACCAUACCCACAAACACACACACGCGGCCAUCUCUCACCAUCAUCACGACCACAGCCAAGCCACAACUGUUUUCCUGGGGACGUAUUCAGCAGGGAAACCAUCUGCUGCGGGAGGAUCAUCUAUCCGGCGUGCGCGUGUGUGUGUGUGUGUGCGUGACCAUGCUGCCAAGAGUUAGGUGCAAGAUGCGAACGAUCAUCAUCAAAACCGCGGGGGUGUAAUGGCGCUCGAACCCCACUACGCGUACAUUUGAAUGAACAAACCGUUUGAAGUUUAUAAUUGAAUCCCACCACAAACGCGAGAUCGUGAGCGAUAUCGAGGAGACGUAGCGUUACUUAUCCUUACCACACAAACACACACACAAAGUUAAAAAAACACUAAAGCACACGGAAAACAGGAGGAAGGCUUAUCGUGUGUGUGUGCGUUUGUGUCUGUAGCUACUACAGUAAACAGGUCGAACAGUAUAUGGUGUGCACGAGAUCGUGUGCGGAUUACCGGACGUUUAAUCGUGGAAAUGAGUAAUACGUUUUGGAAGGAAGCAAGUUUCAAAGCAUUACCACCUUCGUUUCCCUCCCUCCCCCCCCCCCACCCCCCUCCAUUUUGUCUUAAAGCCCGGAGGGAGCGCAAAACGUUGUUGGUGCACCUCGAGAGUAUAAAUCUAGUACAUAAUACAUAGUAGCAAAACAAAUCCCGAACACAAGCUGUGCUCUGCUCUGCUGAACUGUGCUUUUGCAAAAACGAAACGUUGUUCAGGCGAGACAUGGGCGCGCGCUAGUAGCAGAAACAGGUUAGAUUUAUGCGGAGCUUUGUUUUUUCAUUGGGAGUUUGGUCGAAGCACGUGGUGGUGUAUCGACUUCCAAUGGCUUUGAACAGUUUCGACUUCCGUUAAAUGGAGUGUAUGUCGAGGUUGUAAAAGUCGAAGUCUACUUCCGCCAUGAACAAAACGCCACGGAAACGCCACCAACCCCCUUCUCACUACACCUAAGCAAACCCGAAGAGCCGAUAGUCGAUGAUAGGCUCGCUUUAAAGCAAAUUGUUCGUACGAUUGUGGGACACCGUUUUACCACAAAGAAAGCAACAAAAUGAUACGAAUCACACCAUCAACCAUUAUCAUCCGCAUUCGCAACAUUUUUCUCAUUCUUGAUCUGGGUGUGUGUGUGCGUGUAUGUUGUGUAAGCGAAUGCCGGAUUUCCUUAUCCGGAAAAGCGAAUGGAUAGGAACAGUAGCUAAAUACACCCCCUCCCCCCACUUUUCCUCUCUACUUCUCUUCCUCUGUCCCCUGGUUAGAGGAACUCUUUCCCAAUUUCCCGAUAGUAACGAGAGAAAAAAAAGAACGAUGAAAUCGAUAGCUUUACAUCACUUGUCCUUCAUAGCAGUGGCAUUCACAACAGUGGCUACUAACUUACUGCUGCCGUUUGCUGCUGCUAUCAAUAUUCUACAAACACUACAAAAAAAAACAAAAACUACUACUCUAACUACUAUUACUACUACUAUUUCAGCUUUAUUUAGAUAACUGAAAUGAUUGUGAAAUGAUAAGAACUAAUGAGAACGGUCAUGCUUUAACACACCUAGUAAUGAGAGAAGACUACGCCUUUUUUGACCAUCCGUCGGUGAACAGGGAACUGAAUUACGUUUUACGUACUCAAUUUCAUGCUUAUUCUUUUGGUUUUUAUUUAAUUAAAGUUAAGAAUUUAAGUAGGAGUUUUAUUUUCUGUUUGAAUCUCUGUCCUGUAUAGAAUUAUGGGCUAUGAAACUUUCGUCAAAAAAAAUUAAAAAUCGCCAUCCAACUUCACCUUCUCCCCCCCAAGCCCAUUGUAAUAUAGUUAUACAAAAACAAGGGAAAACCAAAUUCACGUAGAACGAUUGCUGUAGUGUAAAAGCAUUUUAAACCGGGAGGAACUAAAUAAAAUAAUGAAAUCGAUUCGAGGGCGCGCGCGAGAUCACACCAGUGAGGGCUCUAGUAUUUCCGUACAAACACUCCUUGCACACAUGUGCAAGUAAAUGGUACGAUUUAAAGCGAAUAAGCGAAUUCAUUUUCCCCCGCACUACAUAAACACAAACAUAACGCAAAAUCGCAAUCGCAUGAAGCAAGCAAUUUUGUACCUAUUGUUUCCUGCUGGCGAUGAAGCGACGAAAUAAAAAGGCAAAAAUCACUCCAAUGUAUCGAUAUAGUUGCGACGGUAUGAGCAGCAACCAGCAGCCCAGCUUUUUGUCCUUAAGACAUGGUGAACAAAUGUCAGAGCGAAUUAUUAAGUUAAUUCGAUAUUUAGCAAACAAAAAAAGGGGAGAGCCGACAGCAGCCAGUGGGAAGUUCGUCUACACAUGCUUUUGCACUACUGUACAUAUUGUAAAGUAAACUAAAAACCAGUAAAUACAAGCGGCGAGCAGGAAGCAGAAGCAGUUGUAGAAUAAAAAGCAAAAUAAGUUAGAAAAUUAUUAUUAACAAUAAAUGAACCAUUUGGGAGAGCAGGGCGAGGAGAGCGCAGAACAACUAAUCGAAUAAUUUCGGAAGGUAUAAUAGAAAGAUUUAUUUGUGCGGCAUGCGAUACACGGGGCUCUCUAUCCACAGGCAGAAAGGCAUAGUGUAAGGGCAUUCGAAAAACACGUGUCGUUACUGCUUGAAACGGGGGUUUCUUCGUUCCACGGUUUAACGUUGAGAUGUGGUUUUUGAAUAUGUGUGCGCCUAAAAGUAUGCAAUUGCAUAGUUUUCAAUCAUCACCACCAGCGCCGGGUACGAAACUCGAAGGUAUCUUAAGGACCGAACAAUGUCCUCAUAGUCUCCUCAACACCUUCAUUGCACAAUAAGUUGCAGAGUUUUCCCUUUCUCCGUAGCGUUUCCUUUUUCCGUUACGGCACUUGUUUAUCCUCUCAGUGUGUUCGUUAUCGGUUAGCUGUCGCGUCGCGUUAGGUUCGAGGAGGCAAGCGUUUCCAUCUUUCCUCGUCGUAGCAUUGGAAGCAUGCGGGUAGGCACCGGGCAGUAGGCAUGUAGUUUAGUGACAAAACUGGCAGUAGGAACCUAAUUAAAGCAUUAACGAACUAAAUAAGUAACAAGCUGACUUAAAACUGAAUCACACACCCACGACACACUUCUUUGCUCGAAGUUCAACCACAGUUCAACCAUUCAGCACAUUUGUACCGGCGCAGUCAUAGUUAGUAGGAAAGGUGCGUGCGAUUGUGUGUGUGUGUGUGUGUGUGUAGGAAAAAGGAAUUCAACUGCUACUCGGAAGUGGGAUUUAUUUUUCUAAAAAACAAAUACAAAUAAACCAAUCUAAAGUAAUCGAAAUUUUAGCGCAAAAGAAAAGCUAUAAAACAUACACGCAAAGCAAAGGGAUAAGAAAAAGUACUAAAACGAUAACUAGCUAAAUCAUUAUGGAAAUUUUUAUGAUUUAUGUGCCCUUCGUUCAGUUGCUUGUUGAUGAGGCCAGCAAAAAAAAAAACGCGGAUGAUAAUUAAAAUAAUUAUUAUUAGAUUUCAAUUAUUGGUUACCUCUCAUUAGGAUUUAAUUUUAAAAUUAUAAAUUGAAAACGGCAAAUCCCUACUCACACACACACAUUCAUUCUACCAAAACAAAAAAAAACCCUCCUGCCCUUUUCCCCCACCCUCCCGGUUGCAAAGUGCGGUGCACGGGAAAAUGAAACAAAACAACAACAACAAAAACUGCAAGAAUUUGUUUACUAGUCGCCUUAUCAAAUGAGUAUGAAGAUAUGAAUGAAACAAAAAAAAAUCUUGUAAUGUACACACACAUGCAACUUAAACGCUAAGACGGAAGAGGGGGAAAGCUAAAUCUCUGCUAGAUUUAAAUCUACAAUUUCGAAUACAAAACUAUAACUGCAUCGGGCCCACCCACACUCCGGGCCUGCCUGUGUAAGUAGCGCAGAGCAAACAUAAACGUAAGUAAACAAAAAAAAACAAAACAUUAAAGAGAGGACACAACACAAAGCGCGAGAAAGCCCGAAAAACAAAAACAAAAACCAUAUAAGUAUAAGUGCGUAAAACAGUAAGCCCAGAGAUACUCGGUUUUUACUUGAUAGGACGAAUUCGAAUGGGAAAAAAGGGGGAAAGGAAAAAUGCAUGGAAGUAGUGUAAAACAAGAAACCGAACGUAAGUAAAUAAGCAAGGAGGAGGCAAUCCAUAUUUAGCAGCGCAUGGGCAGGAGCAAGAGGACAUCGUCAAAAUCGAAACGGAACCCGUGUGCGCGUAAUUAUCAAAAGAAGCGAAUGAAGACUUCGUGUUCAUAGCCUUUCGUAUUGCAAUAAUAGUAGUUGAAAAAGCGGAUAACAGAAAAACAAGAAAUAGCAGAUAUGUAUGAACAGUUUUACUCGUUGUUCUGUUCCCGUUUUUAUUUGUCAAUAUCUAUCACGUAAGUCCAGUAUUUAAAUUUUUAUUUGAAUUUUUAAAUUCAGUUACUGUCCUUUUCAUUAGAAAAAUGGAUUACGAUUUAUUUUUCCUUUACUUCUACCAGCCAUACUUUGCGCUUACAAUAAGGAUUUCCCCUUUUUGCCACCGUUUUUUUCUUCUUCCUUUUUUCGUUCGUCUUGUGCGUUUGAGCAGCAGAUAAAAACAGAACAAAAAAAAAGAAUAUCACCAAAUUGUGUGAGAAUAUGCAACGUACGAUCACAGAACUGUAGAUAUCUUAAAUAAAAUAUUUGCAACAAAAAAUACGCAUUAUUAUGCAUUAAACACAAAAAUGCCGCUGGCUAGAAUCGGCCCACAAGCAGAAGUCGAUCGAAGAGAAGGAAUACGGUUAUUGUACUAAAUAAAGCGCAAGAGAGGGAGAGAGAGAGAGAAACAUAAAAUAAAACUACAGACACAAACAACAAAACAAACACACACACAAACACAGAUGCAAACAUAUUAUCCAGCGUUAGUUAAAAUAAGCACGUGCGAGUUUUAAUGAUACUAAAUCAAUGGGAAAAUUAGUUUAAAUACAAUUUCAAUUGCGCUCUUUCGUCGUGCAUUUCUAGUGCGAAUUUUUACAUGUAUAUGUGUUUUUAAAUUAAAUUAAAUAGAGCAUACUGUUUGUUACUGAUAUUCCGUGAUUUAAUUUUGCUUACUAAUAUGCACAACAUUAGGGAAUUUUAAAUACUUUUUAUGAUUACUAUUUAAUUUGCUAGGGAGUUUUGCAAAACUACAUACAUCUCUCACACACACACAGACGAACAGACAUUCACACAACUUUAUCACGUUUCAUGCACCUUUUACUGCAAAAAAGAGAGAAAAAAGAAGAAAUUAUCAACAAAAGUGAACAAAAAAUAGCACACAUUUAACAUCACCUUUGCACAAUCGUCCACGAAUAAAACAAAAAUUCUCGCUCUCACAAUACUACACAUACAGACGCAUAAUAUAAGACACCAAGAUUGGGAGGAGGUGGCAUCCCACCCCUACUGUACGAGAUGUCUAAAUCCCAGUUGUUUGUGUGCGUGUGUGAAAUCUAAUUCAAAUACACACACACACACGCACCGAAAUUCUCCAAACCACCUAACAAAAUGAAUGAACACCUUCCCGGUAAAAAGCUCCAAAAUUUCCUGUUCAAAAGACUAAAUGCAAAUAUAGGGCAAUUGAAAGCAAAAAUUCUAGUAAAUAAAAAUGGAAAACAAAAAGGAACAAUACUUAAAGAAAAGCAAACGCAAGCAAAACUCCAAUGUUCCUCUUUGAAAGAUGGUAAAAAGGCAAGAAGAAACCCAGAUUAAACCCAUACAGGAGAGAAAACACUGCGUAGCUGCGUGUUGCAGAUAAAGGUAUUGAUUUUUGCAAUACUCUUCUUAUCGCGUUAAUGUGUUUCUAAUAAUUCCAAGACAGAAAAUUGGAAUGAGCAGUUUUACAUUUUCACACCUCUCAAUCCCCCGAUGCACACCACUGAGACUGAUUGGGCUUGUUUUGUGGCUGAGAGUGUCUAGCUCAUUUCUCGCACGGUGUCUUUUCGUACCACACAAACUCACACACACACACACACACACACACACAUAUUCAAAACAUAACGUCAGCUGCACCGAUAUAAGUUCAUCAACACACAUACACACUCACUUAAAAACGUAUCAUGAUAGGGUAAAAGAAUAAACGGAAGCUCUCCUUAUCCAUCACAAGUCCCAAAAAUUAAAGAACAGAGCAACAGAAACAUAAAACUCCGAAAGCAUCGUUUCCAACUUUGUAUAAAGAACGCUAAACAACAUAACCAAUAAGAACCUGUCUAAAACAAGCAAGGAAAAAACAAUUUCCACACGAUUAUUUUGGGAAAAAAUGCAUGAUAGGAGUUAAAAAUUGAGGUGAAAAAAAAAGCCUCAACACUGUAGUUAUGUUACUUCUAGCUCAUGACGCCGCCGUGAGCGAUGAGUUUUGUUGUCUCGCUUAAAACAAAAACCCGAAACGAAUUGAAUUCUCGUUACCAAGAAAAAAUAUAAUAUUUGUUUCACGGCUACUAGAGUUUGUUAAAUGAUUAAAGCAUAUUUAAUUGUUACGCAAGAUUAAUUGACUCUUGUCGGUUUUUUGCAUUGACUUACGCGCCAAUCUUGCAAGCGUUACAAUUAUUAUAAAAUAAACCGCAGAACAAGAAAACUAUGCCUACUUUGACCAGGUCCACAAUUCACUAUUUAUUUAUAUCACUAACCACCAUUGUUGAUUACCACCUAAGCUAUUGCAGGGUUUCUCAGGCUAUAAAAUAGGUGUCCACAUGUGUAUAACAAUGAGGGAUUUUUUGUAUAACAAUCAAUUGAAAUCUUAUUUUUGUUGUUAUAUCUCGAACCACACAUUGUUUUAAACAUGUGGCCACAUGUUUUAUACUCUGAGGAUCACUGUAAACUAUUAUUAAAACAAGCGGUUUAUGUAGACGAUCAGCUCGAGGGUGUAUUAUUAGUACGGCGGUAUUGAUUACGUUUUGCGUACGAUAGGCAAUAGAGAUACUCGUUCAUUUUGAAGCAUUACUAACGGAGGGAGUUGCGUUUUAACUUUGCACUACGUUGUAGAUCAUUGCGCGUGGUAAGCGCCGAGGAUGAACUGAUUUCAUUUGCCAACAGACGAACAGCCAUAAACACAAAAACUGAAACUCCUACUCUAUCAUGCAAAUUUUGAACAAAAAACGAUUUGUAAAUCUCCCCAAAAACCGUUCACUCAUUCAAAUGAACCCCCAAAUGCGCCCUCUUCAACUUCACAAAAAAAACAGCCGCUCUCUUCAGCGCAUAAGCACACCAAACAAACAUUAGACAUUAAACGUAAACGUUAUACAAAACCCGAAAAAAAGAGUUGAAAAUUAUGCCCCCGCGCGCUGUAGUAAAUGUGUGUGCGUGUGGAACACAUACGCAAACGGAAAAUCGAACCCUGUUUGCAAAAAAUGCCGUAUAUGUGUGUUUGUAAA